CGUUUAAAAAACAUUGUGUUUGUUUCUGAUAUCUAAUUUUCAUCUUAUGCAGGUGUGUGUUGGAUAGAAGAAAGAGUUUGACCUUUAAGAAGUAACAGCAGAAACAGAAAAAGAGACAGAAAGAAAAGAUGAGUUUGAGAGAGGAAAAUGAAGAGGGAAGGGAUCUGAAGAAGCCAUUUCUUCACACAGGAAGUUGGUAUCGUAUGAGUGGGAGACAAUCCAGUGUGUUUGGUUCCACACAGGCCAUUCGUGAUUCCUCCAUCUCAGUCAUUGCUUGUGUUCUGAUCGUUGCUUUGGGUCCUCUUCAGUUUGGUUUCACUGCAGGUUAUACCUCACCUACCCAAGCUGCUAUAAUCACUGAUCUAGGCCUCUCGGUCUCCGAGUUUUCUUUGUUUGGUUCUUUGUCCAAUGUCGGUGCCAUGGUUGGAGCAAUAGCUAGUGGUCAGAUUGCGGAGUAUAUAGGGCGUAAAGGGUCUUUGAUGAUUGCAUCCAUUCCGAAUAUUAUUGGUUGGCUCGCUAUCUCUUUUGCAAAUGAUUCCUCUUUUCUUUAUAUGGGAAGAUUGUUGGAAGGGUUUGGAGUAGGGAUAAUAUCUUACACGGUGCCGGUGUAUAUAGCUGAGAUAUCACCGCCAAACUUGAGGGGUGGUUUGGUUGCAGUUCACCAGCUCUCUGUCACCCUUGGAAUUAUGGUGGCGUAUCUGCUGGGGAUUUUUGUUGAAUGGAGAAUCCUUGCAAUUUUAGGAAUUUUACCAUGUACAAUAUUGAUACCUGGCCUAUUUUUCAUUCCUGAAUCUCCUAGAUGGCUGGCAAAAAUGGGAAUGACAGAAGAAUUUGAAACUUCCUUGCAAGUACUCCGAGGCUUUGACACUGAUAUUUCUGCUGAAGUGAAUGAAAUUAAGAGGGCUGUUGCUUCAAGCAACAGAAGAACAACAAUUCGAUUUGCAGAUCUCAAACAAAGAAGAUAUUGGCUGCCUUUAAUGAUUGGCAUUGGACUACUUAUGUUGCAACAGCUUUCUGGAAUUAAUGGUGUUCUUUUUUAUUCCAGUACCAUCUUUCGAAGUGCUGGAAUUAGUUCAAGUGAUUCAGCAACAUUAGGAGUUGGUGCUGUUCAGGUUCUUGCCACCAGUUUAACUUUGUGGUUGGCCGACAAAUCUGGCCGUCGUCUUCUACUUAUUGUCUCUGCAACUGGAAUGACUUUUAGUCUCUUGCUUGUUGCAAUCUCAUUCUAUGUAAAGGAUAUUGUAUCAGAAACUUCUUCCUUGUAUGGGAUGUUGAGCACCUUGUCAGUGGUUGGAGUUAUGGCCAUGGUUAUUGCAUUCUCUCUGGGAAUGGGAGCUAUGCCAUGGAUUAUAAUUUCUGAGAUUCUUCCAUUAAACAUCAAAGGCUUAGCGGGGAGUGUUGCAACACUUGCCAAUUGGUUAAUUUCUUGGCUGGUUACACUAACAGCUAAUAUGCUCUUGGAUUGGAGUUCUGGAGGUACCUUCACCAUAUAUGCAUUAGUAUGUGCCUUCACUGUAGGAUUUGUUACCAUUUGGGUCCCUGAGACCAAGGGAAGAUCCAUUGAAGAAAUCCAAAUGUCUUUCAGAUGAAGUUUCUCCUCUAGCAGUUUUCUUUCCCCUUCUUCACAAGUUGAUUUCAGAGUUUCUCAUUUCAAGGGAUUUGACAUUAUCGUGUUAUUCAUUUGAUUCCAUCCCUUGAAAUUGGGAAUCCUCUCGCAAGUUCUUGGAGGUUUUUGUGUGAAUUGGCUCCUUCCUUAGACAUUCAAUUAGACUAGUCCAUCCUGUAUGCACCCUGUAAUUGUUCCUUAUUAAUUAUUCAUUAUGUUCUUUUGGUUUGUGGAAAAUGUAAGCCAAAUUAGUAUAACUAUUUAUGGCCCCUUUGCAAUUGUGUUGCUAUUCUUUAUAAAUGUCAACUUAUUAGCAGUUUCAGUUCAA